AUGGUGCAAGAUUCACCAAGCAUGAUCUUGUCAAACGACAACAACUAUGGCACAAUUCGCGCAACGAAGCGCGCAAGAGUACUACAUGAUCAUCAAACCUUUAAUCAACAUGUUGUUGCAAAAUUCAAAGGUGUUGUGCCCCAAAACAAUGGACAUUGGGGUGCACAAAUAUAUGCAAAUCAUCAAAGGAUCUGGCUUGGGACGUUUAAGUCAGAGAUUGAGGCAGCAAUGGCUUACGACAGCGCUGCAAUCAAGCUUCGAAAUGGCGAUUCACAUCGAAACUUUUCAUGGUCAGACUCUAACACUCAAGAAUCUAUUUUUCAAAACAAUUAUAGCCCUGAAGAUGUACUCAACAUGAUUAGAGAUGGGUCUUAUAGGCCAAAGCUUGCAGACUUUUUGAGAACUCAAUCCCAGAUUGACAAAAUUAGUUCCCCCAUGAACCAACAAACAAGGUUGUUUCAUGGUACUGAUUCACAAUUUUCAUGUGUGCAACUGUUUCAAAAGGAACUGACACCAAGCGAUGUCGGUAAGCUUAACCGGCUUGUGAUUCCGAAACGAUUUGCUGUUAAAUAUUUUCCUUACAUAAGUGAAGACGUGGAUGAUCAUGAUGAUUUAGAAUUAGUGUUCUAUGAUAGGAACAUGAGGCCAUGGAAGUUUAGGUAUUGUUAUUGGAAGAGUAGCCGUUUUGUGUUCACAAGGGGUUGGAACAGGUUUGUGAAGGGAAAGAAUUUGAAGGAGAAAGAUGUUGUCACAUUUUACAAAUGUGAUUGUCCCAGUCAUAGGGCUGAAGAUGGUCAAAAAUUAAGCUUGAUUGAUGUGGUUCAUGGCAACAACAAUGGAGAUAAAAGUUGUGUGGUGGAUGGAGAUGAAAUGCAAGUGGGUUUGGAACUAAAGCUAGGGCAAAGCAGAGGAGAAGAUGAGAAAGAGUUGGGAUUGGAAUCAUCUUCAUCAACACAUACUGUGGAGGAAAAGGGGUUUAGGCUUUUUGGGGUACCCAUCAAUGUUUGA